AUGAUUACAGACCACUAUGGUCUUUCCGUCGACGAGUUGAUGCCGAGCAUAGUUAAUAAAAUCUUUGGUUUUGAACUGAUUUGUCGAUCUCUGGGUUAUGUACCAACUUUCUGGGUUUUCAGUUACUUCUUCUGCUUGACUACGGAUUCCAGGGUCCGUACUUUGGCUAAAAGAAGAGGCAUUCGUCAGUUGAUUUCUGAACAAGACGCUCCAAGGAAAAAUCAGCAACGUCAGUGGCUUUGGGUUAACCAAAACCUUGGGGGACACGGAUAUCGUAGGACCCGAAAUUUUUCUAACCGCCUCCCCAAGUUGUUUGGGAGUAAUCUGACUCUUGGUAAGCAUCUGGGAAACAUCACCAUUACUGGGUGGAACAGGGAAGACUUCAUUCUUGCAGUGGCCAAUAUGAUUGCUGCCUGGAGGGCUCGCAGAAAAAUGGCACUAAUGUUCGUCGUGAGAUGCGGUGCUGAGGCUGAGAUUUCUUUGGAGAUGGCUCUGCAUGGUCAUUAUAAUUGCAAGCUUUGCCAUCAUGAGAUAGAUCUUACAGAGACUCUUACUCCUCGGUUAUCUGAAAGACGCAUGCAAGAGCUUGCCGGACUGCCCGUGGUGGAAAGGGAAAUGUGGGUUCUCGCGGGCAUGCGUCACCUUACCAGCCGACCAUUGGCGUUGUUUCCCUGGUUCUUUCGCCAAUUUACGUCCCUUGUAGUUUGCCUAUGGGAGAAAAAACAAGAAGAGAUAAUGCUCCUGUUUGAAGGAGGCGUAGUUUGCGUGUGGUGUCAUCGUCGGAUGAGAAGAGAGAAUAUGAUGAUGUGGGUCUUCGUCCUCAGAAAAUCAUAG